CCCGGGCGCCGUGCGGGACCUGGCAGCGAUCUGCGCCCCCAGCUCCACGGUGAACAAACAAGUGAGGGUGGAAAAGCGACCGAAUAAGAGACAUUGCCUCAAUCUGCAUCGAGAUGGAAACCUUUUGCUUCAGGGUGUCCUUCUGGGUGGCGCUGGUUGGAUGUGUAACAAGUGAUAAUCCUGAGAGCUACAGCGCCAAUCUGAGCACUCGUGUGGAUGAUUUUACCACUUUCCAUGGGACGGAGCUCAGCCUCCUGGUUACCACUCAUCGACCCACUAAUUUGGCCCUACCCAGCAAUGGCUCCGUGCCCAACUAUUGCCCACAGCAGACUAAGAUUACUUCAACUUUCAAAUACAUUAACACUGUGAUAUCUUGUACUAUUUUCAUCGUGGGAAUGGUGGGGAAUGCAACUCUGCUCAGGAUCAUUUACCAGAACAAGUGUAUGAGGAAUGGCCCCAACGCGCUGAUAGCCAGCCUUGCCCUUGGAGACCUUAUCUAUGUGGUCAUUGAUCUCCCUAUCAAUGUAUUUAAGCUGCUGGCUGGGCGCUGGCCAUUUGAUCACAAUGACUUUGGCAUAUUUCUCUGCAAGCUGUUCCCCUUUUUGCAGAAGUCUUCAGUGGGGAUCACCGUCCUCAACCUCUGUGCUCUCAGCGUUGACAGGUACAGAGCUGUUGCUUCCUGGAGUCGUGUUCAGGGAAUUGGGAUUCCUUUGAUCACUGCCAUUGAAAUUGUCUCCAUCUGGGUCCUUUCUUUUAUCCUUGCCAUCCCGGAAGCGAUUGGCUUCGUCAUGGUGCCCUUUGAAUACAGGGGUGAACGGCACAAAACCUGUAUGCUCAAUGCCACAUCAGAGUUCAUGGAGUUCUACCAAGACGUGAAGGACUGGUGGCUGUUCGGCUUCUACUUCUGCAUGCCCCUGGUGUGCACCGCCAUCUUCUACACCCUCAUGACCUGCGAGAUGUUAAACAGAAGGAACGGCAGCCUGAGAAUCGCCCUCAGUGAACAUCUGAAACAGCGUCGAGAAGUGGCAAAAACAGUUUUCUGCUUGGUUGUAAUUUUUGCUCUUUGCUGGUUCCCUCUUCAUUUAAGCCGUAUUUUGAAGAAAACCGUGUAUGAUGAGACGGACACGAACCGAUGUGAAUUACUUAGUUUCUUGCUGCUCAUGGAUUACAUCGGUAUUAACUUGGCAACUAUGAAUUCAUGUAUUAACCCAAUAGCUCUAUAUUUUGUGAGCAAGAAAUUUAAAAAUUGUUUUCAGUCUUGCCUCUGCUGCUGCUGUUACCAGUCCAAGAGCCUGACGACCUCGGUCCCCAUGAAUGGAACCAGCAUCCAGUGGAAGAACCAUGAACAAAAUAACCACAACACAGAGAGGAGCAGCCACAAGGACAGUAUAAACUAAACACUUUAAGAAACAUUCAUCAAUAUUCCUUCAAAUCUCCUUGGAGGGGAAAAAAAAAAUCACACAGCAACUAUGUCUCCAGAAGUCUCUUCUCCCAUGACUCAGUCCCACCGCCGGAAAAUGCUUUCCAAAACAUCAGAGAGGGGACGGGUUUAUACCCACAAAUUCAAUGAAUCUCCCUUCUUUAAGUUAUCUAAUUUACAUAUUCUGCAUGUUAUAUUCAACACUAGAAAACGGUGAGCGUUGGCAGGGGAAAGGGAGACUGUUCAAGGAAACUAGAUGUUAUUUACUACGUUGCAUGAGAAUAGUUUUCAGUGCAUGACUAGCUUUCACGGCCGUUGCCACAUGUUCAAUAGAACUGGUCAUCAUGAAAGUGUGGAGAUUAUGACAUAGAGAUAUUUUUUAAGUGGGGUUUUUUUUGUUUGUUUGUUUACCAACCACAGUAUGGGCUUAAGUCACCUUGAUUUGAAACGUCAUUCGGUGCCAG